CAGCAACACCAUGCAUAAAACCCAUUAUCAGUGUGUAUUUACACAGCUUCAGAGUUAACAGAUCGCCAAGCAACAUCGGCUGUGUUUAUAUGUUUUCGAUUCCGAAAAUGGAUUUACUUUUUGGAUCGUUUACAAUUAUUUUGCUUUUUAUACAAAAAACAAAUGCAGAAAUUGCUGGGUGCGAUUUCUAUGACACUGUGGACAUAUCAACAGGUCAAAAGUUCCCGAACGGUUCAUACCUAUAUGAUGGCCUAUUAAUCCCCGCCCAUUUGACGGGUACUUAUGACUUCAAGGUCUUGCCAGACGACACGUGGGACGUCGUGGCUAGCCACGUAAGAGGAUGUGUCUGCAAAUUAAGGCCCUGUGUCAGGUUUUGCUGCUCUCACAAUCACUUAAUGAAUGUGGGCGUGUGCUAUGAUAACAUGAAAAAGGAUGAUCUGGAAAGCCUCAACCCUUACGUGAACGUGACCCUCAAGAGCGGAGAGGUUGUCAAAAGACACUUUAAAGACGAACUAAUCGUGCAAUGGGACUUGCCCAUGCCCUGUGAAGAAUUGUACUACCUAGAUCACACAGAGGAAGGAAAUGGAUUCACGAUGUUUGAGGAUGCAACCUUGCAAAUGCACUUCAACCAAAUGAUUUUCAACAAGCGGCAGUAUUGUGUCCAACAUUUAGCAUUCAAAGAUGGUAUUAGAAUUGCGCCCCACUACUGUAUACCCUCGGAGAACACUAGUAACUGGAAAGAAGUCGCAUUGAUAAUAUCACUGAUCUGCAUGGCUAUCACUAUCGGCGUUUACCUUUACGUCAAGAAGCUACAUGACCUACACGGAAAGUGCUUCAUUUGUUACAUGGUCUCGCUGUUCAUCGGCUACCUAUUCUUGCUCUUGGAAAUGUGGAAUUUAUUGCAGUAUUUCUGUGCUGCAGGAGGAUUCAUAAGCUACUUUUUCAUUAUGGCUGCGUACUUCUGGCUUUCCGUUAUCAGUCUGCAUAUAUGGACAAUGUUUAGUGGCAGAUCCCUUAAGGUGAAUAGCUGUCUGCUGGAAAAUCGGUUUGUGGCCUACAACAUAUACUCAUGGAGCUUGGCGGCGACCUUAACGGCAGUCACCAUUUUGGCUAAUAAGGUCGUUGUGAACGACCUUUGGAGACCUAUUGUGGGAGAGCAGAAAGGUUGUUUCUUCAGCGUGCGAAACAAUGCUGCUAUGAUAUACUUCUAUGGGCCGAUGUUAUUGGCGGUGAUUUUCAACAUAACCAUGUUUGUCCUGACAGCUAUUCGUAUUGUGAAAUUACGAAAGGAUGCCAAAAACUUUGCCCAACAGCGAAAGAAGAAUGAAAAAAUAAACUCGGACAAGCAGACCUUUACCUUUUUUUUGCGACUCUUCGUCAUCAUGGGUCUGUCGUGGAGUUUAGAAAUCGUCUCCUUCUUGGUUAAAGACAACCCGUAUUGGUCUAAAAUGUUCCAAGUGGCUGACUACAUCAAUCUUUCCCAAGGUACCAUCAUACUCGUGUUGUUAGUUCUGAAGCCAAGCACUUUGAAGCUUAUAAAGCAGCAAAUUAAGGGUGAAUAUGAGGAAGCCAACAACUGCGAUGAAGAGGUCUCGCUUGGGAAUACAAAGUUCGAUGGAAGUGUCCUGCAAUAGACUUCCAAACUACGCGCUGAGUGUCAUCAAUACGAGAUUGAGAGUUUCUAGCAGAAAACCCAAUGAAAGUCAGAAUAUAAAAUAAGGUUUUUCCACAUAUCUAGGACUGGAUUAUCUUACAACUUCACAAGGACAACUAUGGCUUUACCUACCUCAUUUUAUUUCUUCUCAGAAACUUGUAAAAAAUCCAACUAAUUUCUGGCUUCAAGAUUUUGAAAAUUUGAAAUUUUUUUAAUGACUAAUCAGACUUUGCAUUUUGUGUGACUAUAAUAGAUUAUAGCAAUAAGAAAAUGUUAAAGUUUCUAAAAUUGUUCAAAGUGACAAAACUACCUCAUUAUUAACAUAACAUAAUUAAUAAAAGUACUUUAGAACUUU